UGUGUGUGGCUAGACAUAAGAGAAGAGAAAUCCAGAAAUGGAGGAAAGGAGGCAAGAGCUGUGCAAAGCAGUGUUGGCACAAAAAUGGGAUGAAGUUGCAGAGUUAUACAGAAGUCAUCCACAGAUUCAGGAUAUGAAGAUCACCAAAUCGGAAGACACUGCACUGCACGUGGCGAUCAGUCUGGGAGCACCAGAAGACAGGGUUGUAAACCUCGUUCAUGAGAUUGAACACACCCACGUUAACAGCCUCCAAGUUGCCAUCAAAAACUUGGAAGCUACGAAUGACCAACAAGAUACUCCUCUGCAUUAUGCUGCCACACGAGGCUGUCCCUCUAUAUGUAAGCGAAUAUUGCAGGUCCAUGAAACCUUGGCUAGUAAACCUAACAAGCUAGGUGAGACGCCUCUGUUCUUGGCCGCUCUCAAUGGCCGUAAACGUACCUUUCUCUAUCUUCAUUCAGUUUGCAGGAAGAUGCAGAACACCAGCACAGAAUUAUUACGGCGUCCAUCGUGGAAAAGAGCUAAUGGAGACACUAUACUUCACUGCACAAUUCAAAGACAUUACUUUGAUCUUGCACUUGAGAUCAUUCAUCUGUAUCAAGACCAGAAUAUUGCCAGUGUUAGGAAUAAUGCUGGAGUUACGCCUCUUCAUGUCCUUGCCUCCAUUCCUUCUGCUUUCGAAAGCGGUACUCCCAUGUCCUUGUGGGACAAACUUCGUUACCGUUACAUUCGUGUAGAAAAGCUGAGAAUUGAGGCUAACGUGGAGGGCCACGUUCUGGAGGUUGGAAAUUCUGUCUGGUUGAAAGCUGAUGAUGAUCCAACAAUAGGCCACCAUAGUCAAGGUUUAAUAAGGAGAAUGAAAGAGAAACAUGUAUGGAGUGGGCAGAUCAUGGAGGAACUCCUGCAACGAACUUGUGAGUAUGAUUACAGCCAAGAUGAGAGUCUUGGGGAACAGAACCAGCAAGGAGCGGCCUUAGAGAAGGACAGAAAAUGGACAGCGUUGUUAGUGGCAACAAAGAAUGGAGUGACAGAAGAGGUGAAGAGAAUCCUUGAAGUUUAUGCAGUGGCUAUUUAUGACAAAACUGAGCCAAAUAAAAGAAACAUAAUCCUUUUGGCUGUCCGAAAAAGACAAACCCAUGUUUUUAAGUCAUUGAUGAAUCACCCUCUUUGGCAUUCACUCGUAGAGGCUGUGGACAUCAACGGAAAUAAUGUACUGCACAUGGCAUCCUUUCUUCUCCAUCACAUGCCUCGUCAAAUUCAUGGACCUGUCAUGCAAAUGCAAUACGAAGCCCUCUGGUUUAAGUAUGUGAAAGAAAACACGCCAGCUCACCUGCGUUCUCAGGAGAACAAAGAUAGAGACACUCCAGAUAAGAUCUUCGCAGAAGAGCACAAGGACCUCCUCAAGGAAAGCAACGAAUGGAUUAAGGACACUUCUGGCUCUUACGCUAUAGUUGCAGCACUUAUUGUCAGUGUCACCUACGCCGCAUCGAACACUGUCCCAGGAGGCACUGAUGACAAUGGAAGACCUCACUUACGAGGCCAUCUCACAUUCGACAUCUUCGUUUUCUCCGUUCUGGUUUCCUUCUGUUCCUCCAUGACUUCCUUGGCCGCUUUCGUAGCUGUCUUCAGUUCUCGAAAGCAACCCGUUGAUUAUCUUCGAAGUUUGCCUCUGAAGCUUUGUUUUGGGUUAACUACGUUCUAUCUAUCUGUUGUCUCAAUGUUGGUCUCUUUCUGCGCUGCGCAUUUCUUUGAGCUUGAUCACCGAAUCAAGCAUAAGAUUAGCCCUUAUGCUUUGGUGUUGAUUCCACUGUGUCUGUACACUUAUGAACAGAUUCCACUGUACUGGAAUCUUCUCAGCACCACUCUUUCCAAAGAGCCUCGGCCAAGAUACGUGGGAGACAAUGUUACCAUGUAG